AGUCAGCAAAACUAUCAAUGGAUAGCUUCGUUUUGGUGUUGGUGAUCCUUGCCCUAGCGGCGGGUGAAGAUGACCCAUGCGCCACUGUACGCUGUGGUGAAUGCAAAAAUGGAACAGUGCUCAGCCCUACACCAGACGAGUGCUGUCGGUGCGUGAACGAGCUGUUUGCUACUGUGCUCUGUGCGACCUGCAAAAGAGGAACAGUGUUCAGCCCUCUUCCCGAUGACUGCUGCCGAUGCAUAAAAGACCCAUGCGCCACUGUACGCUGUGGUGGAUGCAAAAAUGGAACAGUGCUCAGCCCUACACCAGACGAGUGCUGUCGGUGCGUGAACGAUCCAUGCGCCACUGUGCGCUGUAGUGGCUGCAAGGAAGGAACAGUGCUUAGCCCAGUUCUUGACAACUGCUGCAAAUGCGUGCCAGCCGAAUCAUAGUUUCAGGCUGCAAUCCUGGCUUAUGCACGAAGCGGGGAGUCGUACAACUGCGUUGCAGCCAUCUCCUAGCGCCCAUUGUCGAUGCACUUAAGCAGUGUUGACGAAGCACCGUCACAUCUAUGUGGCUGACCACUACUCUACUCAAUAAACUAAAAAAUAGCGA